AUGAGGUAUAGCGUUAUUCCAAUUCUCUUGGGUGCCCUUGGGUUGUUCAAGGCAUCGCUUGCACAAUCGACAUUUCCUCCCGAGCCGGAAGGUUUGACAGAGAUCCUCUCGCAACGAUGGCCUGGAGCUUCCAUUACAUACAAACAGACCUCUAUCUGCGAGACGACCACUGGAGUCAAGGCAUGGAGCGGCUACGUACACCUGCCGCCGUCAGUGCUAAACAAAGUCCCGGAUAUGUCGGUCACAUAUGAUGUGAACUUGUUCUUCUGGUACUUUGAGGCUCGAAACAACGCGAGAACAGCCCCGACCUCAAUCUAUCUCGGCGGCGGUCCCGGAUAUACCUCCUUCGACCCCAUGUCAGGGUUCCCCUGCAACAUCAACAAAGACUCCAACAGCACAACCCUGAAUCCGUUUUCGUGGAACACCGAUGUGAAUAUGCUCUAUAUUGACCAACCUGUGGGCGCUGGGUUCUCCUAUUCAGUUCGCCAGAACGGCACCUUGAACUUACUACAGAGGGCUCAGAAUCGCGGGCCACUUUUCAGUCCUCUUCAAAACGGAGAGCCUCUACCCAAGACAAAUGCUACCCUCUUAGCAGCUACAUUGGACUCGAGAACUUUGGAGACAACGCAGAAUACUACAACGCAAGCUGCCCGGACUCUGUGGCAAUUCGCACAAGUCUGGUUUCAAGACAAGCUAACAUAUUCUGUACAGUAUGGAGGCUUCUGGAGCACCGCCUUCUUCUCUUACGUUGUCGACCAGAACAAGUUGAUCUCGUCUCAGCAACACAAGGUUGCCAACGCCACUGCCCUACGUCUGGGCACAUUGGGCAUCGGAAAUGGAUGCAUUGAUAUCGAGGCCCAAGCUGCCAGCUUUCCCCAGAUGGCCUGGAACAACACCUACGGCGUCCAGUCGUAUCCUGAGGAGGUCUACGAUCUCGUCAUGGGUAACCUGACGGCACCCGAAAUUGGCUGCUACGACCGGGUCAAGCAGUGUAGGAAGGCCAGGGCCGAUGGAGACCCUACCAGCCAGGGCAAUAACAAUACAGUGAAUGAAGCCUGUAUGGCCGCAUCAACGGUAUGCUUCGAUGUGGUUAUGGGCUCGUAUAAUGCUGUCAGCAAUCGGUCUACAUUCGAUAUUCUCCACCUCCGAACGGCGGGGGAUGAGCCGAUUUAUUUCGAGGGAUUCUUCAACCAGAGAUGGGUCCAAAAAGAUCUUGGUGUUCGCGUCAACUUCACCAGCACUGACUACUCGUACCCGGCUGCUGUGUUCGGGUUGACUGGUGCCGCAAUGAUCCAGGACAAGUCGCUGCUCGAGAAUGUCCUUGACAACGGCUUCAGUGUCGCUUUGGUCUAUGGUGACCGCGACUACGAGUGCAACUGGAUCGGCGUCGAGAACAUCUCUCUCACUGUCAACUACCCGUCCGCCUCGGCCUUCCGCUCCGCCGGCUACGCCGACAUCGUCACCAACUCGUCUUACAACGGCGGCCUGGUCCGCCAGCACGGCAACGUGUCCUUCUCCCGCGUCUUUGAUGCCGGCCACGCCGUCGCCGCCUACCAGCCCGAGACCGUCUACCAGAUCUUCCAGCGCAGCAUGUUCGGCAAGGACGUCGCCACGGGCAAGAUCGUCGCCGACCAGGGCUACAGCUCUAAUGGAUCUCCAAGUACCUGGGCCAGGAAGAACAAGGUGCCCGAGGUCACAGAUGCAAACAUGUGCUACUCCCAGGUUCCGACGGACACGUGCACGGAUGAGCAGCUUCAGGCUCUGGCAGAUGGCACAGCCGUGGUCAAGGACUUUAUCGUACAGAGUCCCCUGGGGGCAAGGCUGGACCCAAUCACGGGUGCUGUGAUCCCUGUGAUGGCCAGUGGUUCGGGAAAUGGCAACGGCACGAGUGGAAACGGACAUAGCAGCGGUGCGUCUGUUUCCCUUGUGGGAAGUUUCCGGCUUGCGGUGGCUAUUGGCUCCGCCCUGGUAUGGUGUCUCGCCUAG